AUGUCGACGUCGAGUCCAUGGGCUUUUGACACGAAGAAGCGGAAUCGUAUGUUGAAAAAAUAUCGAACUCAAGUGGCCUCUGCUACCUCGACGAUUUGUGCAACAUUGGCUGUGACCCCUCUAGAAAACCUCAAGACUCGGAUGCAAACUCAUAAUUUUCGCAAUCUCAAAGAGUGUGCGAGAUACAUAUGGCGUACGGAAGGAUUUCGCGGUUAUACUGCUGGUUUUCUCCCCCCGCUCAUGAGCGUUACCUUUGUGCGGGUCGUCAGCUUCAGUACCUACCAAACCGUGAAAUAUCGCAUUUCCGACGAAUACGAGCGUGUCACCGGCGUUUCGCCUUUGCAAUACUAUAAUCAAAAAGGUAGCAUUCCUAGUCUGGCGACAAUUACUACAUUCACUGUGGCUGGGAUGUGCGCAGGUCUCGCUGCAUCUCCAUUUGCAUGCCCCUUUGAAUUAGCAAAAAAUGUCGUUCAGACAUCGGUCCUGAUGUCUUACCGAUCUCAAGCCUCGCCGGACGCUGUUCGGGAUCCUCGUGUACGCUCAUUACCGCGCUUGGGCACCAUCCAGGCUUUUAGAAAGAUCAUCAGCCGUCAUGGUUUCCGCGGCCUUUACACCGGGUACCAUCUUCAUGCCAUUCGCGACACCAUUGGAACUGGACUGUACUUUGGAAUAUACGAGACUGUUAAGCAAGUCAUUGCCAAGGAGAUGGGCAAACCAGCGCAAACUCCGUUCGGUCCUCCGAUGGUUGCAGGCGCGCUGUGCGGAACUAUACCUUGGCUCGUGACUUAUUCACUCGACACACGAAAGACGCGCGCCCAGAGUAUUCUACUGGGUAGAACAAAAGAAAUCGGCGAAGCCUCGAUGGCCGUGUCGAGAUCUAGCAUGUACAAGGGUCUGUCCGUCUCUUUGAUGCGAACCAGUUUCCAGAACAUGAUUCUUUUCAGUCUCUUCGAAUAUACCAAGGCCCAAAUAAACAACCUUGAGACAUGA